CCUGGUUCGAUUCUGAAAUUCAUUUUGCGCUUCUUCCUCCUCCGUGAUGUUGUUGACUAGGGUUUUAUCAAGAGUUUCUCGCACUUCGAGCUUACGCUCGUCUCUCUCCUCCUUCUCUUCUUCUCCUCAAAGGAAUCAGAUUCUUCCGAUUCUUUCCAGCCAAUUCCACUCCCUCGUACACGGAACUCCCAAUAAGCUUGUUGCAGCUCCAGUGUCGCUACUAAACCAAUCAUCUCGAGAUGUCAAUGUCUUUCAAAGGUUCGGCUUUUUCUCCUCUUCCUCAGCUGAAUCCAAGGAAAAUGUGACCAACCAAGCUUCUGAGGAGGUGGAAGAGGCCAUGAAAGCUACAACAGAUGAUUUUGAGGGUUUGUCAAGGGAGGAUUUGGUGAAGCUUGUGGUAGAGAAGGAAGAUCUUGUCAAUGUUCAGAAGGAAGAGGUGAAGGAAAUGCAAGAUAAAGUUCUUCGAACUUAUGCUGAGAUGGAGAAUCUAAUGGCCAGGGCUAAACGUAAUGCUGAGAACGAUAAAAAGUUCGCCAUACAGAAAUUUGCAACGAGCCUCCUGGAUGUGGCGGAUAAUCUUGGGAGAGCUUCUUCGGUUGUCAAAGAGAGCUUUUCCAAGAUUGACAUUUCGAAAGAUUCGGCUGGUGCUACUCCACUCUUGAAAACCCUUUUAGAAGGAGUGGAUAUGACUGAGAAACAACUAGCUGAGGUAUUUAAGAAAUCUGGUUUGGUGAAAGAAGAUCCAUUAAAUGAACCGUUUGACCCAAACAGACAUAACGCAGUGUUCCAAGUCCCUGAUUCUUCAAAGCCAGAAGGCACAAUUGCUCAUGUCCUGAAGUCUGGAUACUCCUUGUUUGAUCGAGUUAUAAGACCAGCUGAGGUUGGUGUUACUUGCGCUGUGGUGAACCAAGAGAAAGAGGCCGAAGCUUGA